GCACACAGAGGAGGGGAGAGAAAGAGUGAAGUGACAUCACAUCUCAAAGCUCCUCUCUCCUCUCCUUUGAGCGCACCUUUGCUCCACUUCUCGCCGAGGAGGCGCGCGCACAGUUCGCCUUUAUCCUCCUCCGUCGCUCGUGAAAAAAAGGGGGCAGGACUGAAGGAAAGCAGAAAAGCCUGGGAAAACUGAAACCAUGAACAACACUUUCCUAAACAUGGCGUCUAUAGGGGACUUCGACCCGCUGAACCUUUCUAUCCCCGCCACCAAAGUUGAAAUCACGGUGUCAUGCAGAAACCUGCUGGACAUGGAUACUUUCUCCAAAUCAGACCCAAUUUGUGUUCUUUACACACAAGGCAUUGGCAACAAGGAGUGGAGAGAGUUUGGGAGAACAGAGGUGAUUGACAACACGCUGAACCCAGACUUUGUGAAGAAAUUUAUCCUGGACUACUUCUUUGAAGAGCGACAGAAUCUCAGAUUUGACUUGUACGAUGUUGACUCGAAGAGCGCCAAUCUGCAGAAACAUGACUUCUUGGGCCAAGCCUACUGCACCCUGGGAGAGGUGGUUGGAUCACUGGGAAGUCGCUUGGAAAAGCCUCUCGGAGGCAUUCAAGGGAAGAAAUGCGGGACCAUUAUUGUGAAAGCGGAGGAACUAAACAACUGCAGGGAAUCUGUGAUGAUGCAGUUCUGUGGGACCAAACUGGACAAAAAGGAUUUCUUUGGCAAGUCAGAUCCCUUCCUGGUUUUCUACAGGAGCAACGAGGACGGCUCGUUUACCAUCUGCCACAAGACUGAGGUGGUGAAGAACACGCUGAACCCUGUGUGGCAAGCCUUUAAGAUCCCUGUCAGAGCUCUUUGCAAUGGGGAUUACGACAGAACAAUCAAGGUUGAAGUUUACGACUGGGACCGGGAUGGCAGCCAUGACUUUAUUGGAGAGUUCAGCACAAGCUACAGAGAGCUCUCAAUGGGACAGAGCCAGUUUAAUGUUUAUGAGGUGGUGAAUCCCAAGAAAAAAGGAAAGAAGAAAAACUAUAAAAACUCUGGAACGGUAACGCUGCUGUCAUUCCUAGUGGACAUUGAAGUCACCUUUCUGGACUACAUCAAAGGAGGGACCCAGAUCAACUUCACGGUGGCCAUUGAUUUCACAGCUUCCAAUGGAAACCCAGCCCAGCCGACGUCUCUUCACUACAUGAGUCCGUACCAGCUGAAUGCCUACGCCAUGGCCCUGAAGGCAGUAGGCGAGAUCAUUCAGGACUACGACAGCGACAAGAUGUUCCCAGCGCUGGGCUUUGGAGCCAAGCUGCCGCCAGAUGGACGGGUGUCCCAUGAAUUUGCCCUGAACGGUAACCCUCAGAAUCCGUACUGCGCUGGUAUUGAUGGCGUGAUGGAGGCCUACUACCAAAGCCUGAAGUCUGUUCAGCUCUAUGGACCCACUAACUUCUCGCCUGUCAUCAACCACGUAGCCAGGUAUGCUGCUUCUGUGAAGGAUGGUUCUCAGUACUUUGUGCUCCUCAUCAUCACUGAUGGUGUCAUCUCAGACAUGGCUCAGACAAAGGAGUCUAUCGUCAAUGCUUCCUGCCUCCCAAUGUCAAUCAUCAUUGUGGGAGUCGGGCCAGCAGAAUUUGAUGCCAUGGUCGAGUUGGAUGGCGAUGAAGUAAGAGUCUCUUCCAGAGGACGACAAGCAGAGAGAGACAUUGUUCAGUUUGUUCCAUUUAGAGACUACAUCGACAGAAGUGGAAACCACAUAUUGAGCAUGGCCCGGCUUGCAAAAGACGUACUGGCUGAGAUUCCGGACCAGUUCCUUUCCUACAUGCGGACCCGGGGAAUAAAGCCUUCACCUGCGCCACCUCCCUACACACCGCCAGGGGAGCCAGUUCAAACCCAGAUAUAAAGAGCGGGCUGUUAAAAGUUAAAGCCUUGCAGUCAGGUGUUCUCAGAACUUAACGCUCAAAAUACUUCCGUCUCCUUAAAGCCGCUCUCCAUGCUUCGCCAUCAUGGAUGACAGGGGUUUUUCUCAUGGUCAGGAAGCUGCGCGUCAGGCCAGGAAAGACGUGCUUUAGAAGGAAAACUCAGCAAGAGUCUGUUUACUUCCACUAUCAAGCAUUCCUAUAAUUGUCUGGAUUUUGAUAGGAUAAUUAUUCCUUUUCUCUUGUUGUGCAUGUGUGUGUGAGUGAAACCGGAAAAGCUUUGGAGAGAGUUGAUAGAUUCAAAUUGUGCAGAGAAAAGAGAAGUAAAGAAGGUAAAAACUAAUAGGCCUGAAAAUUCUGGAGAAUGUCUGCAGAUAUAGAAAAAAAGUAUCUUCAUUUUCUGUAAAAAGAAAAAAAAAAUGGAAAAAUGUACCAUUUCUUUCUCUUUUCUCUCCCAGAAUAAUUGUUUACAGUAAAUGCUAGCAAAGAUUUGUACCGUUGAUACUUUUAUAUACAUAUAGUUUCACUCGGAAAGUUGUAAUACUUUCUCUUCUCCUGGCAUUUAUGUCAGGUAGCUGCAGUGCAGGUAGCCCAGUAGCCCUUCUGUACUGUACCGUACCGUGCUGUACCGUACUGUACUGUAUUCUAGUGUUUGUAUUAACCUUUUGCAUGCAUGUAGCCUCGGUCAAGUGCAUGCACAUAGUGGCCCUGCACUACCUCUUCUAUCCAUACAUGUUUGUGGGAGGUAAAUUAACUUUCUUUUACUUAAUUUAUCCCCCUUUGUGCCUAGUAGCUGUAUUUCCAUCCAACUAAUUAAUUUUUUGCCUUGAUUUAUAUAUGAUUUGUGUUAUUAUUACAAAACAAAAUCAAAUAUCAGGUAUUUGCUUAUUUCAGUGUUUUUAAACCCCAUUCUAAUAUCAUCUGCAUACGUGAUCCCCUAUGAGUUUGGGGAUUUGUAGCCUUGUAGAGUGUAGCGCUGUGUGCACAGCUUUUGUCAUCUUUAAAGUCCAAAGAAAGU